AUGAGCUCUACUCAGUCUUCCCUUCAUCCAGCAGCUGGUAAUGCCGACGCCCUCCCCGAUGCGCAUCAGGACAGCGCUCACCAUUUAACGAACACUUCAUUGACACCGUCCGUCCUUUCAGACGUCGGCAAUACCAAUAGUGGCGACAACCGCGAACAACCCAAAGGGCUCGCGAUAUUUUUCGGAGAUUUCAUUAGCCACGCCAUCGACACCGAAGACCUACGCGCCUACUUGUCGGGAUCUCCAGGACGGUCUCAUUUCACUCUCACCAAAAAUGGCGGCUGGUCUCCGUCGUUGCAAGAUCAUGUCCUGUGUCAUCCUUCUGCAGAGACAGAUGGAGACCUCACGGUUCGCGUCGUAGACCUGCGCAGCCAAGAACUGGUCUGCGUCUUGAAUUAUUCCUUCAAUCUCACCAUCUCAUCAUCACACACUCUUGACAACGUCGGCGCAGUGGUGCUGACCACAAGCAUUUUGGAAGCCACGACCAUUAGGACCCUUGGUUCCUUGCCCAAUCUCCAGUCACUCAAAGUCAUCGCGAAGCGUCGUAUGUCCGCUGUGUCACGACCUUCUCUCCCGCUGUUUCACAACCUCAUAGAGCUUGAGGUCGAGGGGCGGAUCAGAGACGCUUGUCGCGUUUUGAAAGCUUGCUUCAAGUCCCAGAGUCGCAUUAGGAAGUUCUGCGUCUGUUCAUCUUCGUAUGAAUCGACUGAGAGACUUGACAAACUUUUGUUGGACCUGUGUCCCAGGGUGAACCAUGUUAGCAUUAUUGUUCUCUCGGGGGUCAAGCGCAAAGUACUCACGUAG